AUGGCUUCCCACACCGAAGAAGAAGAAGACCCCGUCUUCUCCUACUCCCAAUUCGCCUGCAUCGGCACCGGCUUCUCCGGCAUCGCCCUCGGCGCCACCCUCCAGCGCUGGUACGGCAUCACCGACAUCCGCUUCUUCGACAAGCAGACCAAGCUCGGCGGCGCCUGGCACGUGAACCAAUACCCGGGCUGCGCCUGCGACGUGCCCUCGGCACUCUACUCGCUCUCGUUCGAGUGCAACCCCAACUGGACGCGCGUGCUGCCCACCUACACCGAGCUGUGGGAGUACCUCAACCGCGUAGCCCACAAAUAUGACCUGGUCGACAGGAUGACCUUUGACGUCGCCGUCGAGAAGUGCGUCUGGAUCGAGGAAAGGGGAAGGUGGAGGAUGUGGAUCCGGCAGAAGCAUACCGGGCAGGUGAUUGUGCACGAGUGCCAGUUUCUUUAUUCGGGGGUCGGACACUUUGAUCAGCCGAGGGAGUUGGAGAUUCCCGGGGCGGAAAGGUUCGAAGGGCCCAUGUUUCACUCAGCCAGGUGGCGGCAUGAUGUCGAUUUGACUGAUAAGAAAGUGGUGGUGUUCGGCAACGGGUGCACGGGAGCCCAGAUCGUGCCGGCCAUCGUGGACAAGACGGCCCAUCUGACGCAGGUGGUGCGGUCCAAGCAUUGGGUUUAUCCGCCGCUCGAUGAGAAGGUGCCGUUCUGGCUGAUGUUUACGCUCGCCAACAUCCCAGGUACAAUGCAGAUCCAGCGCACCUUAACGUUCGUCAAGGCCGAAGUGGAGUACAUUGGUUUCGGAGAUGGGAAAAUUGCCAAGGCGUGGCGGAAGAAGAGACAGAGGCAGGUGGAGGCGUACAUGCGGGCGACGGCGCCGGCGAAGUACCACAGCCUGCUGAUCCCGGACUUUGAGGUCGGCUGCAAGAGGAGGAUAUUCGACUCCGGUUACCUCAAGAGCCUGCAUAACGAACACCUGCGACUGACAGAUGAGCCGGUGGAGGAGAUAUUGCCGAAUGGACUGAGGAUGAAGAGCGGGGAGAUCGUGGAGGCCGAUGUGAUUGUCUUGGCCAAUGGCUUCAAGACGAAUCAGUUCUUCCUUGACUGCGAGAUUGUCGGUCGCGGGGGACAGACCAUCCACGAGCAUUGGGAGUCCUUUGGCGGUGCUGAGGCGUACAACUGUGAAAGUCUCAGCGGAUUUCCCAACUUUUUCCUGCUGGGAGGUCCCAACACAACAACAGGCCACACCUCGUUCCUCAUGGCCGUCGAAAAUGCCGUCAACUACUCUCUGCGGGUCAUCGAGCCGGUCCUCAAGGGCAAGGGCAGUGUGGUCGAAGUGAAACGCGAAGCAGAAGAGAAAUACGUCCAAUGGGUGCACAGCUCGCUCCAAAACACCGUCUUCUCUACUGGAUGCACCAGCUGGUACAACCGUGCCGUUGACGGCAAGAAACCGUGGAACGCGACGGUCUAUCCCCUGUCCCAGGCCCAUUAUUGGUACUCGUGUGUGUUCCCGUCGUGGAAGGACUGGCGGUUCAGUGGCCGAACGGGUAAGAACAAGAUCGUCAAGCAGAGUCAUACCGUCCGCCGGCUUUUCACCCUGACGGCUUUUACGCUCGGACUGGUCUUUUGGUCAAAGAGGAACCCCAACUCGGUAUUGGCUUCGUUGUUGGCAAAGCCUUCGACCACUUUACCAUGGCUGGCAGGGGCUGUGAUUCAGUCAGGCACUGAGGCGUUUGCCAUGAUCAAGACAGCUUGGAGGUAG